AUUAAAUCUCCGCCACCUGCGUUCCCAUGCCAUUUUUUUUUCUUGAUCAUUUGUUGUUGUGUGAUUUGGUUCAGUUAGAGAAGAGCAAUGAGAACAGAGUUGAAGAAGAUAUCCAAGUCUUCGUGGCAGAAAUUUGAUGUAAGGAAUUGCCUCAAUAUAAAGAGUAGCGAUGACAAGUUUCACUCAGAUUAUUCAAUUGCAGAGGGGUGGUUGAUGGAUUCUACAAACGAAUUACCUGGGAAGGAAGCACCACAUGUCACUGACCAUGUCACGUUCACCCUUAGGAUGUUCGUUGGAACGUGGAAUGUGGGAGGGAAAUCGCCAAACGAGGGAGUGAACUUAAGGGAUUGGUUGAUGUUGCCUUCGCCAGCUGAUAUCUAUGUCAUAGGGUUCCAAGAAAUCAUACCUCUAAGUGCAGGGAACGUGCUUGGGCCAGAAGACAGUGGGCCAGCAGCGAAAUGGCUGAACCUUAUUGGUCAAGCCUUGAACACUAACGAUGGCACCAACAAUACCAAUGGUGAACCAGACCAACAAGGAAGCUUAAAGCCUAGGUUGAGUUUUUUGAAUAUCCUCUCUAACGCAAGUGAGAAGCAACACUAUUAUCUAGCAUCAAGCAAGCAAAUGGUGGGUAUCUUCUUGUGUGUGUGGGUACGAUCGGAACUUUACAAGCACAUUAGCAUAUUAAAGGUGUCCUGCGUUGGUAGAGGCAUCAUGGGCUAUCUAGGAAACAAGGGUUCAGUAUCAAUAAGCAUGACAUUGUACCACACCAUGUUCUGCUUCGUUUGUACUCACUUGGCCUCGGGAGAGAAAGAUGGUGAUGAGGUGCGGAGGAAUUUGGACGUCUCAGAAAUCUUGAAGAAAACCAAAUUUUCUCACUCAUUUAAAGCUUUUGGUCAUCCAUUCCCUCCUGAAAGCAUACUGGAACAUGAUAAGAUUAUUUGGCUUGGGGAUUUGAAUUAUCGGUUUGCUGCUGGUUACGAUGAUACACACGAGUUACUGAAGAAGAGUGAUUGGCAGGCACUAUUAGAGAAGGAUCAGCUAAGGAUAGAACAAAAAGCUGGUCGAGUAUUCAAAGAGUGGAAGGAAGGGAAGAUAUAUUUUGCUCCUACUUACAAAUACUUAUUCAAUUCUGACCAAUAUGUAGCCCAAACCUCCAAGUCCAAGGAAAAACGACGGACUCCGGCUUGGUGUGAUCGAAUAUUGUGGAAAGGGGAAGGCCUAGAGCAGUUAUGGUAUGUGAGGGGAGAGUCCAAAUUCUCGGACCACAGGCCUGUGUAUUCACUAUUCAACGUUCAAAUGCACUUGACAUGUUGCAAGACACUAACUCCCUCUAGAACCUUCACAAAUGCUACCUUGUCAUCAUGUUGCGCGGCUAAAGUUCAAGCAGAGGAGCAGCUAUUGUUACUAACCAGGGCACAUAGUUGCAUAGACACCGCACCUGGGUUCUGA